ACACCCCGAUGAAAGCCAGCCGGGGUAGAUAGGGGUGAAUGGGGAGGGGACACACGGGGCAGUCCACCUUUCUGUACAUCAAGUCAGAGGGCUGCACAGACGGAGCCUGCAAGACAACCUCCCUGCAACCCCAUCACCUGAGAGACACCCUGGCAGUCAUGGACAGCCUCCUGAUGAAGAGGAAACUCUUCCUCUACAACUUCAAGAACCUGCGCUGGGCCAAGGGCCGGCGUGAAACCUACCUCUGCUAUGUUGUAAAGCGCCGUGACAGCGCUACAUCGUGCUCCCUGGACUUCGGAUACCUGCGCAAUAAGAUGGGCUGUCACGUGGAGGUGCUCUUCCUGCGCUACAUCUCAGCCUGGGACCUGGACCCGGGCCGCUGCUACCGUAUCACCUGGUUCACCUCCUGGAGCCCCUGCUACGACUGCGCCCGGCACGUGGCCGACUUUCUGCGCGCCUACCCCAACCUGACCCUCCGCAUCUUCACCGCCCGCCUCUACUUCUGUGAGGACCGCAAGGCAGAGCCGGAGGGGCUGAGGCGCCUGCACAGGGCCGGGGCCCAAAUUGCCAUCAUGACCUUCAAAGAUUACUUCUACUGCUGGAACACGUUUGUGGAGAACAGGGAAAAGACGUUCAAAGCCUGGGAAGGGCUGCAUGAAAACGCUGUCCAUCUGUCCAGGAAACUUCGACGGAUCCUCCUGCCGCUGUACGAAGUAGAUGAUUUACGAGAUGCCUUUAAAACUCUGGGACUUUGAAGUGAAAGUCAUCAGCAAUCAGAAGACUUCACCAACACUUGUUGAUUUCCAACUCUCU